UCGGUCUACGUAUCUGUAAUAGUCUUUGCUACAACAGCAGCACGAAAAUAGACUUUUGUUCUUUUUUCUCGGCUUAUCUCUUCGUUUAACUUUAUUUUCCCUCGCCGUAACGAAUAUUUACUUGUGAUCAAUUGACUUUAGUGUUUGUGGUUCACAUUUCAAGUUGAUUAGACCGACGUUAUCCCAGUGAAGGCUUACGUGGCUAGCUAGGCUAACAAGUGAGGCUAGCAACGUCAGCUGCCUUGUUUAGCCGGUUGAGAUAGCUAGGUGUCUAGUUUUGCUCAGUUCAAAUUAGCAAGCGAGUCAACUACAGUUUGACCAGUUAUAUUUUCUGAAGACAGAUAACGCCUGGUUAUGGUUGAAGUUUCUGGAAACAGCUAGCUAGUAGCUAGGUAGCCUGUCAUACUUGUUCAUUCUGGCUGGGAAUAUUGAGCUGUCCACCCAACCUUAGCUAACCAUUCACCACCUGGCAAAUAAUCACCAUGGACUUCGAAAAUGUCUUGUCAAUCGCCUCCCAAAACCAGGGUCUCAGUAGCGUACCGAAGCGGUACAGCUUACAAACUGGACCACCCAAAAAGGACCCUAAAGUGAAAGGUGUCAACUCAGCAGCUGUGCAGGCUUUCCUAAAGAAACAAGAGAUGGAGAGUAAAAAGAAAGAGGCCAUGAGUAUGAAAAAGAAAGAGGGGCUUCUCGCCAAAAGGGUAGAGCUAAAGUCUGACCGCAAGGCUCGAGCGAUGGCGUCUCGAACCAAGGACAACUUCAGGGGCUACAACGGCAUCCCUGUGGUGGAGGAACCCAAGAAGAGGAGAUCAAAGGGGGAAAGGGGCGAAGAGCAGCAGAGGAGCGACACUUACGACGAAGAUGAUGAGGACAACUACGAAUACGCGCAGACUGACUCUGAGCCCGAGCCAGAACCGGAACCCCAGAGACCCAGACAGGCUGCUCCCAACUCCAAGCCUUCAAAGAGACCCAGCGGACCGUCUAAACCCACCCCUCCACCCAUGAACUUUGCCGAGCUGCUCAAACUGGCCCAGAAGAAGCAGUUUGAGCCGGUGGAGGUGAAGGCCAAGCCGAGCAAGAAGAGCGAGCCGGAGAGGCUUCGGACGGCAGAUGAGAUACGGGAGCUGGAGCUGGAACGCAAGGCUAAGAGACCGGAUAAAGGUAGCAGAGACUCCAGGCCCCAGGAGAGAGACCGAGAUAGAGAUGGGGACAGACAUAAGGACAGAGAUAGGAACAGAGAUGGAGGAGACAAAUCCCAGGCCAGCUCGAGCUCCUCAAGGAAAAGCACUUCCGACAGAGACGUAAGGAACGGGAAGCAGCCACACAAGAGCUUGUCGGAGAGGCCCGCCCCCAGUGGGUCGGGGAGGAAGCCAAAGCCCCCGCUGCCAUCUUGCUCGUCGAGCGAGAGAAGCCACCACGGUUCUGCCAAGCCGUCUCAGGACAGAGACAGAGACCGAAAUAGAGAGAAGCCCAAAGCAAAACCUUCUCAGAGCUCCUCUUCCAGCUUGUCAGGUGCCUUAAGCAGCAAAGCCCCCACCAAAGGAGCCUUCUCUCAGGUCUCAGCCAAACACCCCACACCCAGGCCCUCCUCAGCAGGCCACAAACCCACCGCCACAAGUGACCUUAACACCCCCAGGAAGGGAAACCCCUCACUACCUCCAGGGCGACCCAGCAGCUCCGGGAUGAGACCCAGCACAGCUCCGAGUUCAGUCCAGGCUAGACCACAGGCUUUGGGCCAAAGCAGACCACAGCAAGGGGGCUCUUUGGGGCAGCCUCGAGCCAGCCAGGGCAGCUCAGGAAGGGGAGGACCCUCCAGAUCCGGAAAGGGAGAACCGGCGCGACCUGGUGGUAGCUCCACGGCAAGACCAGGGAGUAACGGACAGAUGAGACCCACAGCAGGCGGUCCUCCCAGGCCAGGGGGCCCACCUCAGGCCAGGCCGGGUGGCGGUAGUGUCCAGGGUCGCCUUGGUGACGGAGGGGUCAGACCUCCAGGGAACGCACCCAAUCGGCCUGGGGGUGAGGGACUCGUGCCAAGGCGGCCACCCAUCAGUAUGGGCUCUGGGCCUGGGAGACCCAAGUGCACUUUGGUUGCCGAGACCAUCUCAUCCAAGACCUUUGGUGGAGGCAGGGGAGCGCCCCAGAGGCCAGGCAUUCCACCUAGGCCAGGCAUGCCACCUAGUAGGCCAGGCAUGCCACCUAGUAGGCCAGGCAUGCCACCUAGUAGGCCAGGCAUGCCACCUAGUAGGCCAGGGAUGCCACCUAGUAGGCCAGGGAUGCCACCUAGACCUGGCAUGCAGCCCAGACCAAUGAUGACACCGCAAGGCACGAUUCGUUCACCAAUCACCUCUGCCUACAAGAGGAAGUACGAGGACGAGGAGGAGUACGACUCUGAGAUGGAGGACUUCAUCGACGAUGAAGGGGAGGACCAAGACGAAAUCUCCAAACACAUCAAGGAAAUCUUUGGCUACGACCGGACCAAAUACAAAGAGGAGAGUGACUAUGCAUUAAAGUUCAUGGAGAGCAGUUGGAGGGACCAGCAAAAAGAGGAGGCUAGGAGUUUACGCCUGGGUAUCAAGGAGGAUGAGGAAGAGUUGCGCUUGGAGGAGGAAGAGAUGAAAAAGAAAAUGGCAAUGAAUGCGAAACGAAAAAAAGUUUGAGGACACUAACUUUAACACACGAACACAAUGCAGCCAUUUCCUGGAGUAGGAGGGGGUUGAGAUGGGGUGGUGUAGGGUGAAGUUGCCGCUAGACGUUGCUCCUGGGUCAGUUUGGCAUUUUCCCCACUAGUGGUUAGUAUUGGGGGAGGGGAAGCUGAUUCUAGAUCUGCACCUAGGGGAAACUUCACCCUGGAGUGGAAUGGGGUGGUCAGACCAGUGGCCACUUGCUUCUGUUACAUUAUUUAUUUUUCCAGCUGGAAAGGGGCAGGGUUGCACUAUCGAGUCUUUCAGUCUUUUACUAGCUGAGCUGCAAAGAGACUAUUUAAUAUAAUACGGUGCAGAUUAUGCCCUGCUAUUUUUGAAACCCAUAGAAAAUGACAGAGCUAUCAUGUAAAAUGUGAUUGCCUUGCCAAGUUGUGAACGGCAAUCAUGUUGUAUUUUUCCCCAUACAGAACCGAAACUCACUGGUCCAUUUUUUUAUUCUUUAAUUUUAAAGGGGCAAUCGGUAGUUGAAACAAUAAAGCGGAGUCCCCGCCUCAGUAAAAAGCUGUGGGAUGGGGCUGGAGACAUGUAACCACUCUCAAAUUCAUAGGCUAUGGAUGCAAGGACUGACCAUCCAUAAUAUC